CUUCAAUGACUUGAGAGUGACUUGAGUCCUUUUCAGUACUCCUUAGCAACACAUCCAGAUUUUGCUUUACUCACCAUGAAGGCCACAGUCAUUGCAACCUUCUUUGGUGUGUUUCUUACAUGUACAUACACAGCCAAGGAAGCCACAAAGAAGACAAAAAAGGCUAAGCUAUAUGUACCCCAGAUUGAUUGUGAUGUCAAGGCGGGGAAGAUAAUCAAUCCAGAAUUCAUUGCAAAAUGCCCUCCUGGAUGUCAAGAUGUAAAAUACCGUGUUUAUGGCACAGACAUUUAUGCUUCUUUUUCCAGUGUCUGCAAUGCUGCAAUUCACAGUGGUAUAAUUGACAACACAGGUGGGAAGAUUCUUGUCCAGAAAGUCGCCGGGCACUCUGGUUACCGCGGGAGCUUCUCCAAUGGUGUCCGGUCGCUGUCACUGCCGCGCUGGAGGGAGUCCUUCCUUGUGUCAGAGGGCAAGCCAAGAAAAGGUGUGACGUAUCCAUCAACCCUUGAAUAUUCUUCUUCAAAAAGUACAGCUGUUAAAUCAGAGCCUAAAAAACCAGAGCAAGACCUAAAAGGUACGAAGAGUGCAGACACAGCUUACACAUCAGAAAAAGCAUCAGACCAAGGGGACACAGUCCACAAAGAGUAUCAGACAACUCCAGCGCCAACCCCGACCAUGCAAAUGGCCACCACAACCCCCACACCGACGACCACGACGACAGAUCCUUCCACCACAGUGCCACAGCCAACCACAACACCUGCAGCAACCAGAACCACAGCAGCUCCAGCCAAGGCUAGACCUGGACUGCACAGGGUCAGAGAUAUGGGUUCUAGCAGUGUUCACCCAGCGUAUGCAUCUGUGGUAGCUGCAGCAGCAAGACAGGUUCAGGCCGCACAAGGAAGAGGACAGAAUACAGCAUUCAGGGGCAUUUCCACCUCUGCAAGUAACAGGAAUAUUUUACAACACAAUACAGGUGCUCAGCGCCAAGAGCCUGUUGCCACCUUCCAGAGGGCUGCCAGCUCUCCAGUCCACCUGGCAAUGGAAAUAGACUCAUGGAAACCUGGACUGAGCCUUUUUGACACAGGCUUCAGUACAAAGGAAGAGUUGAAUCCAAAGCCACUGGAACCCAUCUCCCAGGGGAAUCAGAAUUGCAAGGUUGAUUUGUCCUUCUUAAUGGAUGGGAGCUGGAGCAUUGGCAAACGCCGCUUUCAGCUCCAGAAGCGGUUCCUUGGUAACAUGGCUCAAGCCCUUGGCAUUGGCAGCGCUGGUCCUCUGAUGGGCAUUGUUCAGUAUGGUGAUGACCCUUCCACAGAAUUUAACUUAAAAACCUAUUCCAACUCCAAGGAUCUAAGGAAUGCCAUUGAGAAAAUUCAACAGAAAGGGGGCCUUUCCAAUGUUGGGAAGGCACUUUCAUUUGUUAACAAAAACUUCUUUCUGGAUGGUAAUGGAAACCGAGGUGGAGCACCCAAUGUGGUUGUAGUGAUGGUGGAUGGGUGGCCAACCGACCGGGUGGAAGAGGCCUCCAGGCUGGCCAGGGAAUCAGGGAUCAACAUUUUCUUUGUCACUGUUGAAGCAGCUGCUCAAAGUGAAAAGCAGAACGUUAUUGAACCGAACUUUGUGGACAAGGCAGUGUGCAGGACAAAUGGUUUCUAUUCCAUCAAUGUGCCCAGCUGGUUCAGCCUGCAGAAGGUGGUGCAGCCCUUGGUGAAGCGGGUGUGUGACACCGACCGGCUGGCCUGCAGCAAGACCUGCCUCAACGCCGCCGACAUCGGCUUCGUGAUCGACGGCUCCAGCAGCGUCGGCACCGGCAACUUCCGCACGGUUCUCCAGUUUGUGGCCAACAUCAGCAAGGAGUUCGAGAUUUCAGACACCGACACGCGCAUUGGAGCUGUGCAGUACACCUACGAGCAGAGGCUGGAGUUCAGCUUUGACAAGUACAGCACGAAGCAGGACGUGCUGAACGCUAUCAAGAGGAUCAGUUACUGGAGUGGGGGCACCAGCACGGGAGCAGCCAUCAGCUACGCCUCAGAGCAGCUGUUCAGCAAGUCCAAACCCAACAAAAGGAAGAUCAUGAUUCUCAUCACAGAUGGCAGGUCUUACGAUGAUGUCAGCGUGCCAGCCAUGGCAGCUCACCAAAAUGGAGUCAUCGCUUAUUCCAUUGGAGUUGCUUGGGCAGCCCCAGAUGAACUGGAAGCCAUUGCAUCAGACCCUGCUAAGGAGCAUUCCUUCUUUGUGGAUGAAUUUGACAACCUCUACCGCUAUGUUAAUCAGCUCAUCCAAAACAUUUGCACAGAGUUUAAUUCCCAGCCACGGAACUGA